GGCGGGAUUAUGGAGAAGUGCGGUCCAUCUAUGUUGAUACAGAUCUAAAAAAACUGGACUAACAGAGAGUCGCCUGCGUUGCGCUCCGCAUGGAUUAAUUUUUGUUUUAUACCGAGGAAAAGUUUUUCAGCGUGGGGAAAUUGUUAAAAAAAAAAAAAAGAAAAACCUGCCUUCAACUCCACCGGCUCGGAAAAUUUGGCGACCUGGCUCCAACAUUUGGGCCCCCCUCUGCUACUGCACAAAGUGAAGGUUGAUAUGCCACAUCAGUGAUGGAGCCCAUGACGGUGACGACGUCGGUGGUCGGACCGGACGAGUUCGACCGCAACGCCCCACGGAUCUGUGGCGUGUGCGGUGACAAGGCCACCGGCUUCCACUUCAAUGCCAUGACCUGCGAGGGCUGCAAGGGGUUCUUCAGGCGCAGUAUGAAGCGUAAAGCCUCCUUCACCUGUCCAUUCAAUGGAAGCUGCACCAUCACCAAGGACAACCGGCGCCACUGUCAGGCCUGUCGCCUCAAACGCUGCAUUGACAUUGGCAUGAUGAAAGAGUUCAUCCUGACAGACGAGGAGGUUCAGAGGAAGAAAGAAAUGAUAUUAAAGAGGAAGGAGGAAGAGGCAGCUCGGGAGGCCAUGAGGCCACGGCUGAAUGACGAGCAGGCCCGGAUGAUUUCCUGCCUGGUGGAAGCUCACCACAAGACCUACGAUGCUUCCUAUUCUGACUUCUCCCGCUUCAGGCCUCCAGUGCGUGAAGGCCCAGUAACACGCAGUGCCAGCAGAGCCGCCUCCCUUCACUCUCUGUCUGAUGCUUCCUCUGACUCAUUCAACCACUCUCCUGAGUCAGUGGACACAAAGAUGAACUUCAGCAACUUGUUAAUGAUGUACCAGGAUGGCGCUAGCAGUCCAGACUCCAGUGAGGAGGACACUAAGCUUUCCAUGCUGCCCCACCUGGCUGACCUGGUCUCCUACAGCAUCCAGAAGGUCAUCGGUUUUGCCAAGAUGAUUCCAGGCUUCAGAGAGCUGACAGCAGAGGACCAGAUUGCUCUGUUGAAGUCAAGUGCCAUUGAGAUCAUCAUGCUGCGUUCCAACCAGUCAUUCAGUCUGGAGGACAUGUCCUGGAGCUGCGGAGGACCUGACUUCAAAUACUGCAUCAGUGAUGUUACAAAGGCGGGUCACACUCUGGAGCUGUUGGAGCCACUGGUGAAGUUCCAGGUUGGUCUGAAGAAACUCAACCUGCACGAAGAGGAACACGUGCUGCUCAUGGCCAUCUGCCUGCUCUCCCCAGAUCGUCCAGGUGUCCAAGACCACGCCCGCAUUGAGCAGCUUCAGGACCGCCUGUCGGAGGCGCUGCAGGCCUACAUCCGGGUCAACCACCCAGGCGGACGCCUCCUCUACGCCAAGAUGAUCCAGAAACUGGCCGAUCUGCGCAGCCUGAACGAGGAGCACUCCAAGCAGUACCGCUCGCUCUCCUUCCAGCCCGAGCACAGCAUGCAGCUCACCCCGCUGGUGCUGGAAGUGUUUGGCAGCGAGGUGUCAUAGCAGAGGAAUGGGCAAGCACGUAUACAUAAAAACCCUCAUCAAACACAGGAUGAUUAACCAACCCUUACCGCCAUUUCCACAAGAAAACCCCGGCCUUGAUACAUCCCUGGACAUGUGGGAGAAAGAUGGAUAGUCAGAUAGGUAGACAGUAACCUUCACCUCUUCAUCAAUUGCCCAUCCUCCUCUUCCUCCUGACCUCAAGGAGCAAGACUCAGAUUCCUGGACCUCUGGAUUUAUGGAUUUUAAACACCUGAAUAGGCUGCGGAAUUCUGCAGCACCCAAUAGGGUUUUGCAAACACAGUGCCGCAUUACAUUUCAUUACAUCACGUGGAUAUCUUGACUCAUAGACAUCUGGAACAGAUGGACAUCCAGAUCCUCUCCACAUCCACAACCUCCAGAUUUGCCUUUUCUCAUCACCACCUUUUCCCAGACAUCACGUCUAGAUUCCUGCCAUUUUUUACAGUUGAGACAGCUUGAUGGAUGUGACUGUCACAUCCUUUUUACCGUCAUCCUCAUAACAUUGCUUCAUGUUCACAUCAUCCUGAUGACAGACAGAAAGAGAUACACAGACUUACAUAUAUUAACCAUGCUGGCACUUGUUAGGUACAGAUAAAUUGCAAGCAAUGUUACUACACUAGUGUUAGAUAGCUAUACACCAAUCAGCCACAACAUUAAAACCACUUACUGCUUUUUAUGUUGUGGCUAAAUGGUAUAAACUGUUGUUGAUUUACAUUUUGUUGACAGUAAAUACAUCCAAAUAUAUUAAACAUCAACAUGGCCAGCCAUGGGCGUGCUUACAAUAAUGUAAUGGAAAUACUCGGUUCACUGGUUUAAAAAUACUUGGUGAAGAUGGGAGUCUAGCAGGCGUGUAUUCCUGCUAAGCCCUGUGUAUCUGUGUAGGAGAGGUCUCAGAUGUCCAGAUGAAGUGAAGAAAGGAAGUUUAAGUAGGAAUGUUUCAGUAUAGGAAUGGUGGGAAGAAAGGCGAGAUUUGGAGGAAUGAGUAAAGGAGACUGGAUAGAGGGAGGGAGAUGCUACGGUUGGAAUUCCCUGUUCACAAGACAAAAGGGAAUUUCACAAAACAAGAAUGUAUGUAUAAUGCUAUAUAAAUAUAAAUGAUACGUAUAAGCUGAUAUAUAUAAAUAUAUAUAUAGAUAUAUUUAAGAGAGCAAAACAUGGUUGCUUCCAUGGAAGCAAAUAGUUCUGAGUGUUGUAUAAUGUAGAGGAUUUGAAGGCCCCUCCUCAGUUGAGUGUGUAUGUGUAAUCUUUCAAAAGACAAAUGUAUACACACAAAAGAAAGCGCUGAGAAGUGUAUGAGGAGUCCUUCUAUUUUUGUGAUGUGUGUACAGUAUAUGAGAAUAUUGAUGGACCACAAGGGGGUGUGUGUUCAGGCUCUGACUGAGGGUUCAGUACAGGGAAGCAAUUCUCUGUUGGAUUUUGUCUUUAUUGGACCUGUGAAGUUUGUAGACUGACAUACGCUAACACAACGUCAUGUUUCGUGGAUAGUGAUUAUCCAAAAAAUAUUUGUUCGGCUGGUUAGAUUGCUGCUAAGACAGUUAGAGCUAGAUAGUUGGAUAGAAACCAACUACCAGCUGUUGCCUCAGGGAAAAGUUUGUCUGAUGAUAUUGUGUACUUGGUGUUUACGGUGUGUGUGGCGUAAGCUUACAAUCAUGAGACGGAGAUUGUUUUUGAAGCUCUAGGCAUCACUGUGAUUUCUAAUCAUACUAAAUAACAGCAUAAGUAAGCUAAAAGUGAAACUUUUUAAAACAACGAUUACUACAAGAUUUUCAUUCCUAAGCUUCUGUACAAAAAAAUAAAAACUCCUCUUAUGAAUUGCAUUAUCAUACAAUGCAUUAGAGAUUGUUAAAAUACCCAUUAAAUGGUUACGUUUAAAAAUACAGAGUUAUCCGUGUUAAAACAUUGCUUGAUUAAUAUCAGCCUUAAGUUUAGUUUGUUUUUUCUUUUUUCAGGGCAAAGUGAAUAUUCUACAGAUGGUAGCAAUAUGCAGUAGUUGAACAAUGCAUUGCCUAUAGUGUUUUUGGAAUGAAAUCCUUCAGAUGCUCUUAACAGCAGGACACAGUUAUAAACCAUGAGAAAGUACUUUUUAUAUUCAAUAUAAAAUCAAGCCUCAUACUGUUUUGUCACAUUUAUAUCAUUUCAACACCAGCCGCAUAAGCGAGGUUUAGGAUGUUACUUUUCAACAUCACUACAUAUCAUAUCACAUUUCUGUUGACACAGUGCAUGCUCUCCCCUCACGCAGGCCUGGACCACCCCCUUGUGGACAAACUUUGUAAAUACCACUUGCUAAGUCUGUACAUAGUUAGAGAUUAAUGUAGGCAAAAUACUAAGAGAAUUCAAUUGUUGAUGGCAAGAUGCUCUGGAGAUACAGCACUAUAUGCAAUUAGGAGAUGGACUCUUAUGUUGUAUUUAACUAGAAUGUACAGAGGUGGCCGUCCUGGUGAAGUUACUGAGUUGUUUCUGGGAGCACUGAAGAAAACUGUCAAGUGUGCAAGCUGGUAUUUUUGAACUGAAAGUGUUGUUAGCCAAUAUUCCCAAAUUCCAAUUAGACCAAUUUUAUAUCAACAAAAUACUGAUUUUAGAUGUUUCACAGACCAACAUGCCUGAAAGACCAGCAGGAAAAUACCUUGGUCAUGCCAAACUGUCUAAUAUAGUCCUCAAUGAAGGGCCAGCAUUGGUCCAACCCUAUUUUUGAUGAUGCUCUUACUGAAAUGAACAUUAGUGCAGUGAUGGGUCUCAGAAACCUAAUGUGUUAUCAUUUCAAAGGCUUCACGUGACUGAACAUUCCCAGUGGUGACUGUGUUGAGCAUUCCAACCGGCUGAGUCUCACGCACGAUUUACACACAAAACAUCAGUGUGGACAGCCCUAACUCUCUGGCAGCUUUUUAAAGGCACCUAACAACUCAGUAAGUUCCCACUGGACGUGUCCUCGCUGUCUGUUCUAAGCUUAUGGAUGUAUGUCUUUUCUCUUUCUUUCUCUUUCUAAGGUCAAUCGAUAAGCUUUUGACAAUUAUACAGUAUAUCCAUAAUAUUUUUAUUUUGGUGAAAAUCUUUUUUUUCCCCUCUGUUUUCUUUUGUUCUUUUCAAGAUUGUCAAUUUCAAUAUGUGUCAGAGUUUGCUGUCUAGCUAGUGCUUGGUUUGCUGCGCUGGGACGUCAUUUUAAUGAAGCAGAGAUGAGCAGAGUGUUCUCCUGGAGCCUUUUCCAAGUGCAAAUGAACAAGCUCCCCUUCCCUUGUUCCCCUUGAUUUCAACUGAGUGAAUACGGAAUAGCCCUUUUUAAAUCAUGCUGUUGCUUUACCCUCUUGUUUGGACAAGGAAGGGACGUGGCACUCAUUCUCCCUUCUUUUCCUAAUGGAAUAACAAAAGACUUGUCAGUGCAGCCAUGUUAUACCUGGAUCUGCAACCUUAUGGGAAGGAACACAGUGGAGCUAAAUCUUUGUUAAUGGAAAGGCAGUCCCCAGCUCUGUAUAAAAAGAGAAGCUACAUCUGCUUUUCCAGAAGCAGGAUGUCAAACACAAUCAAGUGAUCAUAAACUAACACUGCCUCAACUGACUGACACAGGAUUUAGCCAAUGGCAAACUGUCGUAGCAACAGCAAGGGCGUGCCUCUUCAUUCAUCACCCAACCAUCUAACCGCCUCUUCUUCUGCAAUAGCCAAUUACAGCAGGAUUACUCUUCAUAGCUUUAACCCGGCAGCCAGUCAGGCUCUGCUUUUGGAAAACUGUGGUGCACCAAGGGCCGAUGGGAGUCUGAGAUUUAGUGGAACAGCUGCUGUGGGAUUGGACGUGUGAUGACAUGCAUGACAAUGCAGAAAUGGCUCCUUUGUCCUGUUUGACCCAGAACACCUUUGGAUUGGACAUCCAGAAGACUGUGUAGAAUUUGUAUAGAAGAUCAUAGGAGAUACAGUAUUUUUAAAAGGAGAAUCGCCACAGGCAGAUGUAGUGACAUGCUGUACAGGCAGAGUGUGCAGUGACUUAUGAGAUGUCGCCUCCUAAACCCAAAGUGUGACAUUACCUUUCUCACUACUCUGUGUGUUGUAUCGCAGCUCUUGACAUUUUUAAAGACUAGUUGUUGAAUUACAUAAAAAGUGGACUUUUUACAUACAACAUCAACACCUACAUCAUCUGUUUGAAAAGGAAUGCAGGACAGGGUGAUGGGGUGAGAGUCUGCUCAGUUUUUAAGGGUUCUGAGAGUGAACCAUCACUUAUGUAACUUUGCUAUGCUGCUGAUGGACAUUUCGCUGAUUUUCCUCUGUGGAUAAUUUACUAAUUUCCAUUAUUCAUGGUUAAGUCUUAGGUUGUACGUGGAGAAUGUUAUGCCUACAAGACAGAUCAGGCUUACCAUUUUAAACUAAUGGUUAACAGGCGGACUGUAGCUGAUGCUAGAAGCCAUUAGCGCUCAAAUGGACCCAAACAACACUGAAGUCUCUCCCCCCUUACCCCUCCUUCCCUCAACCCAGGUCAGCAGCUCCACCUCAGUAGCCUUACUUACAGAAACCUCACUCAGCUGGAAACAUUAAACAGAUACCUCAAUAAUUUACAGAAUGACUUUUUACAAUAGCUUUUAAGGGAACCAAACAUAAACUCAUACAACAGACAUACACUCAAACAGACACACUACAACUCUCUCCUCAGUAUUUGCAGUGUUUUUAUGUCAAACAUACAGUAAACUAGUUGCCAGUUGUGGUAUGAAGAAGAUUGUCCAGUAGAAUCCUGUUGCCAGUAGACCAGUCAGUAUACGAGUGGAUCCCAAUGUUUCUAAAUGUUAACUGUCACUCUCCUGUUUUUCUGCUUUACUCACUUGAUCCUCAUCUCUGCCUCAUUCUGUAUUUUCUGACUUUGUUGUCUCUCUGUCUCUACAAACAGAUGACGUGCCGCUAAGCUUUGGCGCUGCGUUUAACCAAACAUACUACCUCUCCCUUCCG